AUGGAAAUAACUAGUUACUGCAGAUUAUUCGUUAUAACUACGUUAUUUGGAUUAGCACUGAGUGAUACUGGAGUUUGCGAUAAUGAAAACUGUGCUAUGGAGAGUUCACAGGGAAAUGAAACACGUUCCCGGCUGCUGUCUAGAACUAAGAGGUUCAUUGUGUUCCCCGAUGGCAGCUCGUUUCAAUUAGUAUUUUGCGUGCAAACAAUGGCUCUGAUACCUAUAGGAGAUAUUUUUCUCUAUGGUAACACGGCAGCACUCGCCUGGAAUCUUCCAUCGGAUCCCAAACUUUUCCACAUAUUCAAAGAACACGACAAAGAAAUGCAAAGGAGAGGGGAUAUACAGAAAAAUAUAUAUUAUUUAGAUGAUAAAGGGAAAGUUUUAGCAAAAGUACCUUUUAGGAAGCCGUUGAUAGUGAACCCGGCGUUCGCGAAAAGGAGUGUCGAUGACAAAGUAACGUUCAGAGAAAAAUUGAAAAUCAAAAUAGACCGAAUGAAAAUGCACGAGAAACAGUCGAAGAGGGAAUUUCUUAACAAAGAACAUUUGGAUAAAGAUAGCGUUGAUUUUCACAGAAAAAGUCGAGUGGAAUUGUUUGAGAAAAUAGAAAAAUUAAUGACUACUUUGGGUCGGAAUGCACCAAUAUUUGUGACAAUCGCCAUCGUAUCGUCAUCGACAAAAUGUGUAUUAAAGCUACCUAAAGGAACUGAAUUUGAUUACGAACAACACAAAGAAUACGACAAAGCUCAUGCGAAAACAGACGACUGUCCGACACUGUACCCGGGAUUAUUCUGCGCACAAAAUCAAGGUUACCUUCAAGUGGGCGACAUAGUAUGGUUCGGGAAUACCGCAGCGUUAGCCUGGCAGUUACCAACAGAUCCCAAAUUAUUCUAUUUCUUUAAAGAUCAUGAAAAACUCUACGAAUCUCACAGAAGAAAUGACGCAUCUAAAACUAUUUACUAUUUGGAUGAAGCUGGAAAAGUACUUACGAAAAUGCCUUACAAGAAGCGAUUAAUCGUAAAUCCCGCAUUCGCGAAACGCAGUAUUGAAGAAGCUUAUAAUGGAAAAAACUUUUCAAUCGUAAUCAAAGCAUUACACGAUUCUCAAAAGGAAAAUGAUGUGUUGAAGAAAUUAGAUGAAGACAGCAUUACAUUUCAUCGAGAGGGUCGAAAAAGUUUAUAUGAAAAAUUAGAAAAAUUUCUAGAAGGAUUAGGUUGGCGCGGUCGGGAAUGUGUACUACGCAUGCUUUGCGAGACAGGCCGAGGUAAAAAUGAACAAGGCACGUUUCUAGAAGAAAUCAUGAGGGCUACUCUUACGUUACCCCAAGGUCAAAAGUUCGACACGGAGUAUCAUAACGAAUAUGACGAAGCGCAUUUCACAGUUAAAUAA